AUGUCAGAUAAUACUCGUUUGAAAAUCUUAAAUACUAUUGAACAAAUGUGUAUGUUAUGUGUUGAACAAAUGUAUCGAUUACCAUCAUCAUUACCAUCAUUGACAAUUAAUGAACAAAAAUAUCAAUGGAAUAAUAAAAUUGAUGAUAGAAAUCGUCGAGAUUUUACACGAUAUAUAUAUGUUUUAUCAACAAUUCAUCGUCUUGUUCGUACACAAAGUCGAAUGAAUAUGAGAGAAUUAUUUUAUUCUCAAGUAAAUCUUUUUCAUCAUCAACGUAUAAGUGAUAAUAUUGUUGAACAAAUUGCACGACAUUUAUGUGUUGAUCGACGUCAAUUAGGAUUUGUUGCUACAGCAAAAGGAUUUUGUGCUGGUAAUGUACAAUAUCGAAAUUUACGUAGUGGAGAAAUUAUUGAUUGUAAUCAAUUAUCUAAUGGUCAAUUAAUAGUCGAUGAUGAUAUUGAAAUUAUUGAAACAGAAAAUCGUAUUACAUUUAUACUUAUUGUUGAAAAAGAUACGAUUUUUCAGCAUUUACUUAAUGAUGGUUUUUUAACUCGAUAUUGUGGUGCAUGUUUAAUAACAGGUCGUGGUCAACCAGAUCAUGCAACACGUUCAUUUCUUUUACAAUUAUCUCAUCUAUAUAAUGAUACUCCUAUUUAUAUAUUAACUGAUUGUGAUAUAUUUGGUGUAUUAAUUGCAUAUACUUAUCAAUCAACAUUUGAUGAAAAUCAUCAUAAUCGUCUUCGAUGGCUAGGUGUAUGGCCUGAAGAAUUAUUAUCAUUAUUCUCAUUGAAUAUUUCUCAAACAUUACCAAUAACGGAUGAACGUGAACGACGAAUGAUUACUAGAUUUAUUCAACGAUCAGAUAUUAAAGUUGAAUGGCGUCGUCAAGUAUCAUUUUUUGAACAACAUCAACGUAAAAUGGAAAUUGAAGCUAUUUAUGAAAAUGGUACAAAAAAAUUAAUUGAUGAUUAUUUACACGAUAAACUUAUGGGACAUAGAUGGUUGUAA